CCGUAAAACACCUCUUGUGUGCCGGUGUGAUUCAUCUCGUCUGUGGGCGAGCUGCGGUGCAGCUGAAGCGAAACCACCGACACCAGAACAGCAGAUCAACUGGUGUGUGUUCGCUCCUCGUCUGAUAACAUCUGUCCAGACUUUCUGCUUCUAACGAGACUCUUAACGCUACAGGGAAGUGAAGCUAACUAAAGCUUCACUUCUAACUAAACAAGCGGGGCAGGAACAUGUCGGAUUCCCUGAAGCCUCCGCGAACUAUUUGUUUUGACUUGACCAGAGAGUCACAUCCGUAAAGUUGUUUCAAUGUGGCCUCACAUGGAUUGAGUUAAACCUGUAAGAUGGAAGAAGCUGGACACAGAGGACGGAGGAAUAAAAAUGCCCCUGUAGGCACAAUACUGCUCCUCAUGUGCAUGAUCGUUCCCGCAUAUUUUCAACCUUCGGAGGACAAGUGUCCCGAUGGAGACUACCGCACUAAUAAGGGAAUUUGUUGCAACAAAUGUUUUCCAGGUUCUAAGCUUGUAGAGGAGUGUAAUGUUACGGGUCACAGAAGUAAAUGUGUUCCAUGUCCUCAUGGGCAAUACAGGGAUAAGAUUCAUUACGCCCCCACAUGCCUACCGUGCAGUGUCUGUAAAGGGACAAAGAAUGAAAAGACUCUAAAAGAAUGUGCAAGAAACCAAAACACUAUUUGUCAAUGUUAUGACGGUUAUUACAGAUUUUACAUCGACUCAUUAACGUACGAGUGUCGCAAAUGUGCACAAUGUGGACCUGGUGAAACGGAAAAGCAAAACUGCACAAACCUGACAAACACAGUUUGUGAGUGUAAGGAGACCUUCUACAGAGUCAAAAGAAAGUGUGAACCCUGCGAGAGUUGUAGCAGUGAGUGCCAACAUCUCUGUUCACGUUCUAGUGUGAAUCCAAAAUCUUGCGACAAGGGAGAGGAAUUUUUCACAUACGUAAUUGCUGGAGUUGUUGCUGGGGCUCUUGUGUUGUUGGUGCUGGUCGCUCUCAUCACUCACAUGGUCACCAAGAAGAAGUGGGAGCAGCGGUCCUCCCAGCCGUCCUCCCAGCCGACUGAUGAUUCUCCGGAGCCUUACGAGGUGGUCCUGCUCAGUAGUGAAGAAUCCUCAGUCAACAGCGACGUCGAAGUCACUCGCAGCAGCCCUGUUGGGAGUGAACAGCUUCCACCCAAUCUGCCUGACUGUGUCCCCCUGGAAAUCGAGACCGCUGACCUGAUCUACUCAGUGUUGGAUCUAGUUUCGGCGCUGCAGGUGAAGCAGCUGGUGCGUACUCUGGGUGUGAGGGAUACAGAGAUCGAACAAGCAGAGCUGGAUCACCGGACCUGCAGGGAGGCUCACUACCAGAUGCUGCGGCUGUGGGCUGAGAGAGUGCCUCGUGCAGAUGGAGGGGGACAACGUGGAAUUCUGCACUGGCCUUUGUUGCAGGAGUUGUUGGACAAACUGAGGACGAUGCGCCUGGGAGGGGUGGCCGAGGAGCUGGAGAUAAAGUUCAGCAUUCAGUAAUUCACCGACGCUAACAAAAGCUUAUGAAACCAAGUAUUGUUCUCUUUGGGGACAGCCUCACGGACAGCCUCAAAGCAAAAAGACAUGGGGCUACCACCAAAGCAGCAGUUUCACUUCAAAGCCAACCAGCAUCACUGAGGGAUCUACCUCUUGUUCCCAUCACCCACUGAGAAGACAAGACCAAACUACUGAGAGGGACUGAUGGAAGCGUUCAGGGGGGAGGGAGCCACUGAACAUAGGAUUUUUCUGCUGAUAAGCUCUACUCAACCAUAUGUAAUGAACUUCCAGCAAUGCAUGUAUGUGUAUGUGUACUUGUGUGUUUUUUUAAAGUUUAAAGAAUACACAUUUUGGGUAAAGGGCUUAUUUUUUCCAAGUGUUAGUUGAGAAGAAUGACGCCACUUCCAAAUGUGAACAUUCUCUUGCUUUUCUUUUCAAACUCAUUCAGUCAGAGAGCAAAUAUAUAAUGUAAUUACAGAAUAUAAUAUUAUAAGUGUCUAUGUAGAUCUUUUUAUACACGGUGUCCAAGAUGUGGUGUUGUAUUAGUAUCACUGCAGUGAAUGUCUUUGGAGAUAUAAGGGAAUAAUAGUCUUCAGGACUAGACUAGUGACUUUUACAGAACGCUUUCGAUAAUGUAAUUUGCACCGAAUCAUAUUUUUUCAUGUGUCUUUAUCAACUUUUUAUUGAACAGCAGACCUUAAUACUAUUAUGUGCCAUUUGAGGAGUUGGCCAAUUAGGUUACUCCAUUUAUGUCAAAAGUCACUUUUGCAAGGUGACACGGUGCCGAAAGCUUAGGAAGCUAUUUACCGCCAGUACUUUCCCGACCCUCUGUCCAGGGGCAGAUCCAUGGGCGAGGCCAGGUCAAAUCAGAUUUAUUUUAAGUAGCCGCUCACAAUAAAGUUAUUGUUGCUAACCUUUUUUAUUUUCUAAGCUUCUUUGAUGCAUUGAUGUGUGGCUUUGCUCUAAGCUAUAGCGCAAACUGUAAACAAGGAAUGACUUAAAUGUGCACCUCACUGAAUCAGAACCUGUGAAACGAUGUUGGACAUAAAAUUACAGGUAGUACACAUUUUAAUUGUCACUAUUUACCCUGUACCAUGAUGUUAACUGGUAAUGUUUUAGUGCCUGCUUAUAGUGGGUCAAAUAUAUCCCUCUGCUGCGUCUCUCAGACGCUUCACAGUCCCAGUAUCAUUCUUUUGAGCCCCACUAUACAAGCAUUAUUCAUGACUGUAGGACAGAACGGGACACACCUUGUCUCAGCCUGUCUCAGCCAAGCAACUUUUAUAGGACCAGUUCCAGCCUGCAGAUUCUGAUAUGAAUCAGUCAUGCUCUCUCGGAUAAGAGUCUUGUCAUUCCAAAGCACUUUUGUAUUUCACUUUAUGAGACGGGAACAUGUAUCGUUCAAUGUUGAAACCUGAUCUUUGAAUAAAUGUAUCUUUUUAA